GGUUGGUUGUCAAGAUGGCGGCGGCGGCGGUGGGGUCGCCGUCACCACCUCUCCAGUUGCCAGAAAAGUUGCCCACCGAAGCUGCCGUCGCCACCACAGCCACCAGCGCCGCUGAGCGCGAACCAGCGCCGCCACGGGCCACCCUUCCUCGCCCGUGACUCGGGACCCGAGAGGCCGAGUGUAGGGAGGGGCCGAGGAGGAGGAGGAGCAGAGGCCCGAGCGGCCAUGAGGGCGGCGCUAGGGGCGAGCCCGCAGGCGGCGCGGAGGUGAAGGAUGCUGACCCGGAGGCCGGGAGCCCGGAGCGCGGUCGCGAGACCGGGCGCCGAACCCUCGGACGCCCGCGACGGAGGCCCCCUCGACCCUCGGGAGGGCGGCGGGCGGCGCGGACCCGGCGCUCACCUAGAUAUGAAAACCCAUCUAGAGAAAAAUUUAGAAGAAGAGCGUCAAAUAUUACUGCAGCAACAAAAAAUAUUUCGAAAUCGAGCACGUAAAUAUUUCGUGGAGUCAAACCGGAGAAAAAAAUAUUUUGAAGAGAAGCAAAAAGAACGAGAAGAAAGAGAACACCAAAUUAGAGAACAAAUACUUCAACAAAGAAAAGAGAAAUUUGAAGAAGUUACUGAAAAUUUCCAGCGGGCCCAUAUCCCUCUUUCACAGCGGAGGAGAGCAGUGCCUCCAUUAGAAGAGGCCCUCAAACAAAUUCAAGACUCCAACUUAAAAGUAAACUUUCCCUCUUCCCACAGACCAACAAUAAACUUGAGAGCUAUAGGUAAUGCCUUGCCUUCAUCACUAUCAAAAAAUGACCAGAAAUAUCUCUUAUCCAAAAUCAAUUGUGAUAAAGAAAUGAAGGAAAACAGCAGGACACACUUGGCUACUAACAAAGAUGGAUUCCAGCUUAAACUAAUGGAAACUCAGAAACUCCUAGAAGAUCAACAUCUAAGGAGUUUGCAAAAAUUUUGUGAUGACGUUAAUCAGAUAACGAAUUCUGAAACCCUCUCAAGUAUAGAUAGUCUUGAGGCUGGAGAACAUGAACAAAUCUAUUUAUCACUUGUUAAUAAGGAGCCUCCCACGUCAGUUCAGCAGAAUUCUGUUUUCCUCAAAUCAGCAAAUCUACAGUCAGCUCAUCUAGGCGGCUUUGAUAAAGAUAAACUGACAUUCUCUAAAACUCAACAUAUAAAUAAUUGGCUAAAAAACUUAGAUGAUCCAAAUACUCAAACUGACAUACCUUUCUCGGAUAUUUUAAGUAAACCUAAUGUUCUACCUUCAGGUGAAUAUUUUAAUAGUAAAGAACAAAAUCCAUCUGAUCUAUGUAGAACUGUGGAAGGAACCACAAAUACUAAUAAUAAUUUAGAUUUUGUAUGUAGUCCGUCCAUAUUUAUACCCAAUAAAAAAAACAAAAAGACCUCUGAAACCAGCACUGUGAGUACAGCUGACUCCUGUUCUGGGGCAUUCAAAAGAGAGAGACCAUCAGUUACUGAGAGCCCAACAUUUAAAUGCAGCAAAGCCUGGGACACUCCAGAUUCUCUAACUCAAGAAAUGGCUACAAUUUCAGACCAAGUGAAAUAUUCUGAAUUAACUCAAGAAAAUAGAACUACUUCAAUUCCUACUUCAUUUGUACCUGUGGCAACAUCUUUAAUUUUGCCAUCUAAUACACAAUCAACUGAACCUUUACCAAAGAAGAUUAUACAUAAUAAUGAAAUUGACCCAGUGCAGUGUUCUGAUAAGUUAGGAGAAUUGAAAGAUGAUAAAAAGAUAAAAUAUUUUCAUUCUAAUAAGGAAGAGUUGCCUUUAUUUUCAGACAAUUUUCCAGCUGCCUACAUACCUCACAACUCUGAUUCAAAAGAUAAAAAACAGAAAAUAACUGAAACAUCAACAUUAUUGUCUAAUGUAAUUUCUAAUUAUGACUUAGUUGGUCAGGAAAAGAAAAUGAAAUACAAUACUGCUGAAAGGAGCAGUGUGAGGUUUCUUAAAAGUAUUUUAAAGAAAGAAUCAAACAUCAAACAUGAUUCUUUUAAGGCACUAAUUAUAAAUCAAGGCUUUAAGUUAAGAAAUAAAAAAGCAGAAGCUAUCAGAGAUAGUAUUGAAUUAACAAAAGAAAAGGGGGAAAUGGCAGAAAUUCCAAAGACUAUUAAAAAACUGAGAUGGGUUGAUGAAACUGAAUAUAAUCAUUCACUGAAGAAUGGAAUAGAAACAUCUCAACAGUGGUCUCAAUCAUUCCACACUCAAACUAGGAGUGAUGUUUCCAGCAACAUAAUUAGUGUUCCUGCUUGUGCGGUAAAUUCUGCUAAUAGAAAAAAGCCCAAGGAUGAUUCUGUCUCUCAAAAUCUUACUGCUUCAGGAGAGGCUAGAACAAACCAUGUGUCCUCGAACUGCUUUAUACCUUCAGCUUUUAGUAUUGCUAAACAAGCCUGGCCGGCCUCAGAAAAAGAGGGAAGUAAAUCUCCCACACAUAAUAGUGUUUCUGAAACUCAGAAAGCUAAUAUACAAAGAGGUAGAGAAAAGGUAAUUAGAGCAAAAUCUGCUAACGUCCAAUCAGGAUUUCUAUAUACAAACAGAAAAGGCACUGUUAUUGGAGCACAGUCUGAAAGCAAAGCCAACACGUUUUUACAAGCUCAGGGUAAAUUAGUUGUACCUCAUCCUCCUAAAACUCCACCAAAUAUUAGGAGUGAUAAAAAUAUACAAGUGCUUCGGUGUCAAUCAGAAAUGCCCGAAAAUUCUCAUAACAUUAUUACAAAUAACUAUUUUAAUUCGAAACAUGUGCUUCCAGCAGAACACAAGGUGAAUCAGUGGAAUAAAGUAUGUAGUCUUCCACUCUCACAUGUUUGUUCCGACUCGAUCCCUGUGAUGCCAUCUCUACCAUAUUGUUGUUCUGAGUGCCAAACUUUAGCAAAAACAAAUCAUUCAAAUGGCACGCAAAUCAUUGCCCAGCAGGAUGAGACAUUAUAUUGUGCACAAAGAUGUCCUGUUUAUGAAGAAAGUCAUCACUCGGUGGCUUUUAGACCUACUAAAGAAGAAUCUGUUCCCUCGUGGAAAAGACGGCAUAAUAGUCUGGGUCAAAAUGAAAAGGCUGCUGAUUCUACUGUUAUGAGAAGAAAACGAAUUGUUGAAAAUAAACAAAGAAAUCUUUUAGAGCAGAGAAAACAAAACCCUGGAUCUGUAGGACAGAAGUGCAGUGAGCAAAUGAAUAAUUUUGGACAAAGGGUCCAGCUAAGUUCAAGUGAGCCAAAACACGCUACAAGGGAUACUUCUAAUAUUGAAGAAGUUUCCGACAGUACUUCUGAGUUUCUGAUGGCUGAAAACCUAGUGAAAUCUUCAGUGGCUGAGGAUGAAAUCCUGUCUGUCAUGACUAACAAGCAGCUACAGAAACCAAAUCUGGCUUUCAAUAAGACCCAGCAAUUGGACAUCUGUGCGCUAUCAGCUGAAGAACAGCAGAUCCUGCAGUCCCUUCAUCGUCUCAAUGAAAGGUUAUUCUAUGUGCAAGCAACCAUUUGCAAAAAUCCAUCCAUUAAAAAUACCUUGCAAAUAAUGCCAUUUCUGAACAUGCCGCCAAGGACCAGUCUGUCCCCCGACACUGGAUCCAGAUUGCACAGAAAAUACUGAUGAAAUACACCAGUAACUAUUAAAUGGAAUCAUUAUUUUUUCCAAUCUCCUGUAAAUAUAUUAUUUAUUUAUGUAUUUUGUUAAUGAUUAAUACACUAAACCAUAAAAUAAAGGUAAAGUAUAACAUAGGUAAUAGAAAUAAAUUAACUAGUUUACAUUUUUGCUACAAAUUAUACUUUAUUAUGUAUUUUUUUGAUAAUUCAUUUUUAAUGAAUGGAAAUAUUUAUUGUUUUUAAUGAGCAUGCUACUGGAAAUAAACUCAUUAUAUUUUAAAAGAAAAUGAAGGCUAAUUUGUUAUUCAAAUUAUUAGCUAC